AUGUCCCAACCAACCGGGGGUACCACAUCUCCAAGCCCUGCGGUGCCACAACCGUCGCUAUGGAUUCUCGUGCCCUUCGCCAUCAUCAUUCUACCAGCAUUGCCCUUCGCCAUCACAUAUAGCGUGUGCCGAGGAAUGAUCCGAAAAUUGAAAGCAAUGGAGGCACCAGUCCGCCCGCUACAUCGCCAGCGAAAGCGUGCUUUAACACUGCCCCUACCUGAAACGUCCCCUGGUCGAAAAGCACAACGGACAUAUGAUCAGUCACAGUCGCUCUUCCUAGACCGGUUACCAUUCGAGAUUCGACACAAGAUAUACGAAGCAAUAUUGGCUCCGCCCGAUAAUCGGAUUCUACAUGUUGCUGCCAUCUCCGGUCGUUUGUGUGGUAUCCGAUGCCACGAAACAGACCCUACGCGAUCGACGUGGUGUCAUCAGUGCUGGGAUCCCCCUAAAAAAGCCCAACGUUCUUCGAAAUAUGACCGGUCACCUGGCCUUGGCCUGCUGUGCUCAUGCCGUCAAAUAUAUUCGGAGUCGAUUGAUCUUCUCUACGCGGAGAAUUGCUUCAGUCUACGAGAUCUCCGCGCCAUUCUGUCAUUUCCUCUGGCAAUGCUGCCUCAGAGAAUUGCAGCCAUUCGCAAGAUGGGUAUCGAUACUCUCGUGUGGUUUAGCACGCGUGAUGCGCGGAGCUAUGAUUGGACGGAAGCUUCCGCGCAGAAUUGGAGGCGUGUUUGUCAAGUAUUGAGCCCAAUGAGCGCGUGCGGCCUUCGACGCCUUGAUAUCACAUUACGCCUUCCGGAUGGUGGGAAGAGUUCAGAGACAGAUAAGUGGGCUACUGAAGGUGGACUCGCCGGACGACUAGGGGCACUUAUGGAUAUUCACGUCCCUGAGUUCAGUGUGACCCUGCAUGACUGGCCACAGAGUGAAGAGGACGUGCGACAACGGGAUGAUCCAUGA